ACUUCGGCCGCAAGUCCCGCCGCCCCCGCCAUAGCGCUCCCGCCGCCGCCUUGGCCACCGCCCCCGGGGCCGCCUGUCAGCAAUGUCCGCUCGGCCACGCCCCCCCGCACGACACUGUCGGGAGGCGCGCCUGCCGGAAGUGAGCGUGAGGGCGGCUUUCACCGUAGCUCCACUCUUUUUAGCGUCGGAAGGGCAGCCCUAGUGGGAGAGAGAAAAAGGAUCCGGCAGCGGCUCUUACGCGUCCCGGGGCUGCGAGCCACUCUCUCGGCCGGUAACGCGGUGCUUUACGGCUGCCGUCAAGCGCGGCGCUGGGCCGGCGGGCGGGGGCCGAGGGGCUGCCAUGGCGGCGGCGGGCCGGCUGCCGAGCUCCUGGGCGCUCCUGUCGCCGCUCCUCACGGGGCUUGCACUACUGGGAGUCGGGCCGGUCCCAGCGCGGGCGCUGCACAACGUCACGGCCGAGCUCUUUGGGGCCGAGGCCUGGGGCACCCUUGCGGCUUUCGGGGACCUCAACUCCGACAAGCAGACGGACCUCUUCGUGCUGCGGGAAAGAAAUGACUUAAUCGUCUUUUUGGCAGACCAGAAUGCACCCUAUUUUAAACCUAAAGUAACGAUAUCUUUCAAGAAUCACAGUGCAUUGAUAACAAGUGUAGUCCCUGGGGAUUAUGAUGGAGAUUCUCAAAUGGAUGUCCUUCUGACAUAUCUUCCCAAAAAUUAUGCCAAGAGUGAAUUAGGAGCUGUUAUCUUCUGGGGACAAAAUCAAACUUUAGAUCCUAACAAUAUGACCAUACUCAAUAGGACUUUUCAAGAUGAGCCACUAAUUAUGGAUUUCAAUGGUGAUCUAAUUCCUGAUAUUUUUGGUAUCACAAAUGAAUCCAACCAGCCACAGAUACUAUUAGGAGGGAAUUUAUCAUGGCAUGCAGCAUUGACCACUACAAGUAAAAUGCGAAUUCCACAUUCUCAUGCAUUUAUUGAUCUGACUGAAGAUUUUACAGCAGAUUUAUUCCUGACGACAUUGAAUGCCACCACUAGUACCUUCCAGUUUGAGAUAUGGGAAAAUUUGGAUGGAAACUUCUCUGUCAGUACUAUAUUGGAAAAACCUCAAAAUAUGAUGGUGGUUGGACAGUCAGCAUUUGCAGACUUUGAUGGAGAUGGACACAUGGAUCAUUUACUGCCAGGCUGUGAAGAUAAAAAUUGCCAAAAGAGUACCAUCUACUUAGUGAGAUCUGGGACAAAGCAGUGGGUUCCAGUCCUACAAGAUUUCAGUAAUAAGGGCACACUCUGGGGCUUUGUGCCGUUUGUGGAUGAACAGCAACCAACUGAAAUACCAAUUCCAAUUACCCUUCAUAUUGGAGACUACAAUAUGGAUGGCUAUCCAGAUGCUCUGGUCAUACUAAAGAACACAUCUGGAAGCAACCAGCAGGCCUUUUUACUGGAGAACGUCCCUUGUAAUAAUGCAAGCUGUGAAGAGGCGCGUCGAAUGUUCAAAGUCUACUGGGAGCUGACAGACCUAAAUCAAAUUAAGGAUGCCAUGGUUGCCACCUUCUUUGACAUUUACGAAGAUGGAAUCUUGGACAUUGUAGUGCUAAGUAAAGGAUAUACAAAGAAUGAUUUUGCCAUCCAUACACUAAAAAAUAACUUUGAAGCAGAUGCUUAUUUUGUUAAAGUUAUUGUUCUUAGUGGUCUGUGUUCUAAUGACUGUCCUCGUAAGAUAACACCCUUUGGAGUGAAUCAACCUGGACCUUAUAUCAUGUAUACAACUGUUGAUGCAAAUGGGUAUCUGAAAAAUGGAUCAGCUGGCCAACUCAGCCAAUCCGCACAUUUAGCUCUCCAACUACCAUACAACGUGCUUGGUUUAGGUCGGAGUGCAAAUUUUCUUGACCAUCUGUAUGUUGGUAUUCCUCGUCCAUCUGGAGAAAAAUCUAUACGAAAACAAGAGUGGACUGCAAUCAUUCCAAAUUCCCAGCUAAUUGUCAUUCCAUACCCUCACAAUGUCCCUCGAAGUUGGAGUGCCAAACUAUAUCUUACACCAAGUAACAUUGUUCUGCUUACUGCUAUAGCUCUCAUCGGUGUCUGUGUUUUCAUCUUGGCAAUAAUUGGCAUUUUACAUUGGCAGGAAAAGAAAGCAGAUGAUAGAGAAAAACGACAAGAAGCCCACCGGUUUCAUUUUGAUGCUAUGUGACUUGCCUUUAAUGUUACAUAAUGGAAUGGCUGUUCACUUGAUUAGUUGAAACACAAAUUCUGGCUUAAAAAAUAGGGGAGAUUAUUAUUUAUAAAUGAUGUAUCCCAUGGUAAUUAUUGGAAAGUAUUCAAAUAAAUAUGGCUUGAAUAUGUCACAAGGUCUUUUUUUGUUAAAGCACUUUGUAUAUAAAAAAUUUGGGUUCUUUAUUCCGUAGUGCUGUACAUUUCUGUUCCUUUGUGGAAUGUGUUGCAUGUACUCCCGUGUUUGUGUAUUUAUAAUCUUAUUAGUGUCAUGAUGAUGGAAAAAGAUGUGUGUAAAUAAAAAUAAUUAAAUGAGCAGGAAUUUUUGUGUCCACUUGAGUUGGUCUUGCUUCUUAUUCUAAUGAUGCAAAUUAUACUUUUGUGACUAUAUCACAGAGUCAUUAUGCAUUCAGCUUCAUCACAGCAGGUCAGGGGUCUCUCACUGAUGACAUACAAUAUAGUGAUCAGGCUCUGACUUGGUAGCACAGUAAGACAGACUUGCCUUAAACUCCUAAUUCCACCACUUACAAAGUCAUUGUUUGAACUUGACUCUUGUUUAACCUGUGCAGCCUCAGUUUUCUUGUUUAUUCAGUGGGGCUAAUGAUACUUGCUUGAGUUAUUGUAAACAUUAAAUGGGAUGAUGUAUGUGAAGUGCUUAGCUUGGUGCCUAGCACAGAGUAAGUGCUCAAUAUGUGGUAGUUGUCAUUAUUACUAUUUUAGAUGAUCUUAUUAGACUUAUACAUCUAAUUAUAGAAAUAUAUAGACUUGAUAGAAUUUUAUUUUCAGGCAUGAAGAAAUAUUCUUUGGAAAAGCUAAAUUUUUGGUGACUGACAUAUAAAGAUUUACUUGCUCAUAUUAACUAAAAAUUAUAGUACUCUCCAAGAAUUAAUGUGCCCUAAAAAUUUUCCUCUGAAAACUGAUCCUUAUCAUGUGAUAAUGAAGAACAUUUGAUUUCUUGAAAGGAAACUGCUGUAGGCAGCAUCUGGGAAUGCAAAUCUUCAAUCACAUUUCUAUCCUCAAAGGCUUGGAGAAGUCUAUAAUUUACAUUCAGACUUCAAUGCAAAUUUUAUAUUGUGAAUUUCACAUUUCCAAAAAGUUACUUUAAAAAGACUUUAAGACUGAGAAAAAAAGUUUAUCAAUGCUAAUAAUUUUCUAAUAUGCAAAUGGACAUGUGAUGCCUAUAAAACACAAAAAUUUCUCUGAAAACAAUUUUGUUCUUAUUUUUUUCUUCACAGUUUACUGAAAAUGGCAUGUGUUUUUACUUUGUAUCUAAGCAUGUUAACAUGUCUUCUUAAUAAAUAUUCCUUAUUGAAA